AGUAAAGUGAAUAUUUAUUGUUAAAUUAAAAUUUAAUAUCACCCAAACUCAAUUACAUAAUGCUUUUAACAAAAGUGCUAACGCAUUGCACUGCCCAUAAAAUCAAAUGGGUUCUGCCCCGGGCUCCACACGGGCAACAAAAUCGUCUAUUAUCACUCACCAGCCGAUUAGCCAACAAGGAUUCUCCGACCAUUGCAGAUAAUAAAACACAGAAAUAUUUAGAAAGUUUACGUGUCGAGUUCUAUAACUUACGAGCGAACCCUACAGCACAGUCGCAGUCGCGUCUCAACCGAUUAGAUGGAGUAGUUUCUGCACUAGAGCAAUAUCGGUUACUAAAAACAAAAAUCGCCAGCAAAGAAGAUAUUUGUAAUGAAAAAGAUGAAGAAAUGCGUAUGUUGUUGCUGGAAGAAAAUAAAGUUUAUGGAGAUUUAUUACUACAAACGGAAGAGGAACUCUUCAAUCAAAUGCUUGUCUUAACCGAGGAUCAGCAAUUCGAUUCUAUUAUUUUUGAAGUGAACGCUGGAGCUGGAGGACAAGAAGCAAUGCUCUUCGCCCGAGAACUUUUUGAUAUGUACACCAACUAUUUUGAUUACAAUGGUUGGGCCUAUGAAAUUAUUGAUAACGAAGGGACAGAUAUUGGAGGUUUACGUCAUGGUAAUGUCAUCGUUCAAAAUCGUGCCGCGUUUAAUCAACUGCAAUAUGAAGCCGGUGUGCACAGAGUACAACGUGUACCAGCAACAGAAAAAUCUGGUCGCUUACAUACCAGCACAGCUUCAGUGACCGUGAUUCCACGACCUGACGACGUUGAUGUUAGGAUUUCUGAAAAAGAUUUAAAAAUUGAAACGAAACGUGCAAGCGGUGCUGGAGGUCAGCAUGUAAAUACUACUGAUUCUGCAGUGCGUGUUGUCCACCUGCCUACUGGUCUUGCUGUGGAAUGUCAAACAGAGCGAUCGCAGCUGAAAAAUCGUGAGCGUGCUAUUCAUCGUCUGCAAGCUAAGUUGGUACAGCGAGAAUUGGAGAGUAAAGAACUGAAUGAGAAGCGCACACGGAAAGCACAACAAGGCAAUUUGAAUCGUAAUGAAAAAAUACGUACUUACAACUUUGUGCAAGAUCGCAUCACUGAUCAUCGUAUUGCCAAUGGCACUGUACAUAAUUUAGAAGAGUUUUUUGAAGGAACGGAAGAUUUGGAAAGACUUAUACAGCGAAUCGCCAUCGAAUUCAGGCGUGCAAAAUUAACAGAGCUAAUUAAUAAUUUUGAAACCUUAGUAAGAGAAACUGGAAACCAUAUCGGCGAUAAAGUUAACUAAAUAUAAGUACUAAGUUUUUAAUAUAAGAAA